CGUGCUCACCGACGACCCUUCACCGCCUCACUUGUGGCGUGACUGGCGUCGCAGCUCGAUUCGAUCCCCCACUCUCCCCGUCUCCCCCGCAUCCAAGAACCACGCGAAAUCAUGGACACCGGCGGCGGAGGCGGAGGCGGCGGGGGCGGGGGCACGAGCAUCCACAUCACGGCGCUGGACGGCAUCGUGAACGUCAACUCGCUCUUCACCCUCGCGGCCUUCAUCGGCCUGGCGUGGCGCCCCUCCGCCGACGGGCCCGAGCUCGCCGCCGGCGCCGACCGCCUCGGCUCCGCCUGCGCGGCGGGCGACCGCGUCGAGUCCGACCUCGUCCUCUUCCACGUCCUCGCCUUCGCCUGCUUCCUCUUCUCCAGCCUCGUCGCGCUCUGCCUCAAGCAGAUCGUGCGCGCCAGCCCGCGCUACCGCGGCCGGGGCGGCGCCGCCGGAUCCGCCGCCACCCUCAGCCGCACGGCGAUGAUCAACCGGGUGGCGCUCCGCGCCGGCAUCCUGGCGUCCGCGGUGGGCUCCGUGUGCGGCUGCGGCUUCCUCAUGAUGGCGCUCGUCAACGUCGUCCAGGUCAAGCUCGGCCGCCUCGGAUGCGGCGCCGGCGGCUCCGCCGCCUGGGGCGCCGUCGUACCGCUCGUCACGCUCGUGCCCACCGCCAUGCUCAUCUACAUCGGCAUCGUCUUCUACGCCUUCACCCGCUAGCUCAGCUCAACAACAUCAAGAUCCACUGCAAUGCUACUAUGUAAUGCAAUUUGACAGCAAAAAGAUUUGAUUUUUUGUUUUGCUUGUGGUUAUAGAGAAAUGAUGCUGCAUUGCUGCCGACAUGGUGACAUGUAUAUAUAACUAUGCAUGUGUCUGAUUGAGUGUUCUUGGAGUUACCUGCUUAAUUACCUAAUUAA